AGAUAACAUACAAACAUAUCUACACACAUCAUCAUCUACACAUACCAACAUUGAUCAAUUCCCAUCGUGUCCUGCUUUGCAUUGUGCAACCCAAAGUAGUGACGUCAGUGCAUGUCCCUAUCUCUAUCAGGCCAUCAACAACGCAAUCCAACACACCACCACCACUGUCGACAUUCUUAUAUUGACCCCCUGUCCUAGCGUGAGUAUACUAACUUGAGCCCUAUACUGUCCCACAGUUAACGCGCAACAAUGAACCACUCCGUUACCCUGGACUCUCUUCCAAAUGAGGUGUUUGUCCAAAUCCUAUCAGGAUUCUCAACAAAAGCCCUACUCCCCUUAACAUCAGUCUGCCACCGCUUCCACGCCCUAGUCCUCCGAAUCCUCCAUUACCGCCUCCUCUUCAGCACCCCGCUGAAAGAAUACAAACUCCUCCUAGAAUGCUUCCACCCCAGCUCAAAGCUGACAGAGCCACACGUAUUCUGCAAAUAUCUCGGCACAGACGGCCUCAGCGAGCGCCAUGAUGGGGAAGGCUCACUAUACGAGAACGUCGACACAGCCCACCAACUCAGCCGGGUAACGGGACUAUACUCCCGUUUUCGACCGGAAGUGUGCACGCCAGAAGAGAAGAACAGUACAACAGGGAGAAAUGGUGCCCGUCUUGUACCAUCGCCAGGUAGGAUGCUUCUGUUGUCGGGGGUUGCAGGGUUUAUCAGAGCUGACAUGAAUCGGGGUGGAGAUGAUGAUGACGGCGCUGUAACGCGGGAGGUGAUGUUAGAUGGAUUUGAGGACUUCUCGCAGCUGUGUGUGGUGGCUAAUCUUGUGCAAGUCUUGCCGGGUACUUCGUUGUUGUUGAGUGCUUUGACUAUCGAGGAUGGAGUCGUUCGGUUGUGGAGGGAUUGGUUGUUGCGGCAGAGUCGGAAAUGGAAGGCAGCUAUAGAACGGGCUAGGGAGGAGGGGACUGAGAAGGUUCUGAUUCCGCCUGAUUCCGAUGAGAUUUUGUGGGUUGAUACGGAGGAGACCGUUGGGUUGAAGAUGCGUGUGCGGCCUAAGGAGUGGAAUCCUUCCUUGCCCGUGCUUGUGCAUCAGGAUGAUCGGGAUGAGGGUUCGGAUGUUGCUUAUGAGGUGGACUUGGAAGAAUUACAUAUUCGUUCUACGCGCCUGCUAUUAGCUGCCGAACAGUCGAAAGAAGAGCAGCAGAACUACCAACCAAAUGCUGUUGUCCUUGGAAAUGCACCUAUAGCCGCACCCAUCCAAGUGGCGUAACAGAACACAUCUUGGAAAUACCAUGAUUACAAUGAAUGACACUAAAAU